GAUAUGAUAUCCUCUGAUAAGUGACCAAGUCUCGCCAGAAUAGGUUGCCGAGACACGAAAGGCAGAUUAAUUGCAUACGGGAUUUAUAAAUUGGUAAUACAUUAUACAAACGACACCAUGUUUUCUUUCCUGGUCUUGACCUUUCUCACAGGAUACAUGAUACAGCCUGGGGAUGGUACGACAACUGAAUCCAUGAUUCAAACCACACACAGUAAUCACCAUCACGGACACCACCCUAAACCAACACACGAACCAUCGGAACUGGAAUCCUUUACUUUCUAUUACGACUAUAACACGCACAUUAUUGCAGUGAAAUCAUCAUUGCAUAUAUGUUAUUUGUACACUACGAAUGGACAGGAACAGAUGGACGUUCACACCCCACAUGGACUACACACAAUUGAGAGGAACCUGAUUGCCAUGAUUGACGCUGGCUCUGCCAUGCAGCCGAUAUCUAGGGACGAUGCAACGACUAUGGGAAAAGCCUUGGCACAUUUCUGCAACCACAUUCAGGUCUUCAUGAAACUGAACUAGAAUAUGCUUAACUGGAUACAUUGUAUCAAAAUAAUAAAGGUACAAAUACGGUAAAA